UCCCUCGGGAGAUAUAAACUCAAAGUGACGUCCCUUUGGGAGUUGAAAUCGACCAUUUUGACUGGAUCUCAUGAAAUCCAGGAACAAAGAGUUUACGCUAGGCUAUUGGUGAUGAAAUCCGUGAUUUGAACAACCUAUAAACAUUGCAACCGGCGCGAAAACUGCUUGGUUAGUUGACCAGCAGUUGGCAACGACCAAACGAGGGGACGUAUCGAACUCGUGUUGAAGUUCGAUCUUUUGGCGCGAUUUACAAUAUUCAGGCAUGCAAGAACAGCCGGAUAAUUCGGGCAAAACAGAUAGACCAGGUGUUCCAUGGGUUACCCAGGGAGUUUUAAAUGAUCAGAUGGACACGGGCACACCGUCCGUGAUAGCAAGGUGCCACUUUGAGAAACAACCACCAUCUAAUUUACGAAAAAGUAACUUUUUCCACUUCGUAUUGACGUUUCAAGACCAUAACUCACAAGCUAUCGAGAUUGAAAAGGCUCUGUUUGUAGAUUUCAUAGAGCUUCGACCCGAAGACAUGAAGAUCAGAAACGGAGCUCACUAUCGUCUUCACUUCAUUUUUGCAGGAGCUAUUCGCGUUGAACAAGAUCUGUUUGUCCGUCUAGUUGACUCAACAUCAAAACAAAUAAUUAGUUACGAAGGACAAGACAAAAACCCUGAAAUGAGAAGAGUUUUGAUGACACAUGAAAUUAUGUGCAGUCGUUGUUGUGAUAAGAAAUCCUGUGGCAACAAGAAUGAAACUCCUUCAGAUCCUGUAGUUGUUGAUAGAUAUUACCUGAAAUUUUUCCUGAAAUGUAAUCAAAAUUGCUUAAAAAAUGCUGGCAACCCACGAGAUAUGCGCCGCUUCCAGGUGCAUAUUUCAACAUCCGUGGACCAUAUUGCGGGUGCAAUUGCAUGUUCAGAUAACAUGUUUGUUCACAAUAACUCAAAACAUGGAAGAAGAUCAAGAAGACUUGACAGUACUGAAAGCAUUACUCUAACAGGUACACCUUGCAUCAAGGCAAUUUGCCCUAAUGAAGGAUGGACAUCAGGAGGGACUAAUGUUGUUGUCAUUGGACAUAAUUUCUUUGAUGGAAUACAAGUAGUGUUUGGGUCUUUGAUAGUAUGGAGUGAGCUUAUAACUCCAAAUGCUAUUCGAGUAGCAGCCCCACCGCGUCCAAUACCAGGGGUUGUUGAAGUUACCCUUAUGUACCGAAAUAAACAAUACUGCAAAAGCGCUCCGGGAAAAUUCUGCUAUACAGCAUUAUGUGAGCCGACCAUUGAUUACGGAUUUCAAAGACUUUUAAAACUGAUACCUCGACAUCCAGGUGAUCCAGAAAGAAUACCCAAGGAAAUUGUUCUAAAAAGAGCAGCAGAUCUCGCCGAGGCUAUAUUCCAAAUGCCACGAACGCCAACUCAACUACAUUCUUCACAAUAUCCCGGCACCGGCCUAGCGACUCCCAAAUCCCCUGCGCUAGUAGGAGGCCAACACUAUGUAACAAUGUAUCAAGAAACUGGGCCAAAUGGUGGGCUAUAUAGUCCCACUAUUACAUCAGACAAUCAAGGCCCAGUAGUCUAUGCAAGUAUAGAAAACGCGUCAUCCUCAUCGCCACAAACUGAUGUCAAUAACAAUGUUGUAAACGCUCCUCCAAGUGACCUGGGACCUAGGAUAGUGACAACUGCUGCUAAUAUCGGCAUGGCAAGUAUCACUAUUGAUCCACAACAACAUGGGUCUGACCACCACCCCUCUGGACAUGGUGUUGCUAUGACAACUGUGGCUAACUCUUCUAAUGGUUACCAUGGAGGGAUACCACUUGCGGCUUUGGGUGUUCCCCCUUCUCCUGGAUUUUUCAAUGGAACUUUCAUACCACAAUCACCAUCAUUACCACCCACUCCAAGCAGCGUUCCGUCGAAUGGCAAUACCGGCGUCUUUGCUUUCCCAUCGGGCAUGAUUCAAACUGUCAAGCAAAAGAGUGCAUUUAAUCCAGUAUCAAGAGCUCAGCUGAUUGCAGAAGGAAGCGAUAGCGUCCCCAGUAGUCCAACUAUUAUACAAGGUGUUGUUUCGUCGCAAUUUGGGGGUACAUAUACAAUCCCUGUGUCCGGACAGACUUACGCUACUAACACUCAAUCUUCCAAGUCAUAAGCCGAAUUUAUUGAAUCAUUGCAUUGGCCAAGAAUGAGUGAAUAAUCUCGAAGAGAACAGAAGGCUUUCAACAGACAGCACAGCACUUAUGGAGUUAUCUCUUGUUACCAUGCGUUACCAUCUAGUUUUACCGUGUUAGCAUCGAGUUACCGUGCGUUAUCGUCGAGCUAACUCGUGGGCUCUUGUAGAUAUCGCUCAGUGCUAUCCUAACCUACGAAAGGCUUCCAACGCAAGCAUAUUGGCAUCCACGCAAUAAAGUUGUCAACGGAAGAUUAAGUACACGAAGAAUCAUGGACAUUACGGAGGACUGAACAUAAAUUAACAUAUCACAAAAAACGUUUUGAUGAAUUCUGCAGUAUUUGAAGGCAGAUAUUAUUUAUAUAUUAAUAGAAUGAACAAUUUUCUCUGUAUUCCAAACACGGCUGUAAACCAUGUUCCACAAAUGGACGUAAGCUAUAAAUUGCUUCUGGGAAGUUGUUUUUUGCUCGAAACCCGUAGUUUUUGCUAAGGAAUUUAGUAAUAUAUUUAAUAUAGAACGGAAAUCUAUGUGCCCAUUUAAGAGGCAUAAUAUUUUUGUACUUAUAAGUAAUAUAUGAAAAAGGCGGAGUCGAAAGACAGUGCAAUGUAUUUUUCAAAGUGCAUUUAUAUAUUGCAUAACUUAUAUUUCGAAUUGGAUGUAUUUUUUGUUUAAAUAUCCAUACGUGUGAAUAAUUUUAUAAAAGCAGUAUUAAAGCUAUUAAUUAUUUUGUUGA